CUGAAGUUCUCGUCCCUCCAGGAGUUGCCAGGGGAGAAGACCUCUCUGAGCCUCCAGGCCCACCCAGGGUCUCUGUGUUCUCUCAGGGCCAUCGACCAGAGUGUGCUGCUGCUGCAGCCUGAACAGGAGCUCACCCUAGACUCUGUCUUCAGUCAGCUGCCUGUUCAGAAGUUGUCUGGAUAUUCAUACAUGGUAGAAGACCCCUACCCAUGCCUUCAAUAUCCUCCAAGAUUUGAAGAGGCGAUGAUUAGGCCCCUUCCACCUGUACCAGAGUUGGUUGUACCUGAUUGGGGGAAACGCUCAUUCAGGUUUGGCCCCAGCGAUGACAAAAACGAUGUCUACAGCAUCUUUAAAGAAGUUGGAAUCAAGAUCCUGACCAACUCUGACGUGAAAAAGCCUUACGACUGCAACACAUUCUUUGCAAGGAAAGAAAAUGGUAUAAUAGAAGCUCGUCCCAUGAACAUGAUGCCAAAUGAGGAGGGUGCACCAACCUCUGGCGCCUCUGACAGGCCUAAGGAGACCGUCCGCACGUACUUCCCUGAGACCUGGAUCUGGGACCUGGUUCCUGUGGGACUUACAGGAAAAGUGAAUGUUGAGAAGACUGUCCCAGACACCAUCACUAAGUGGGCUGCAGGGGCGUUCUGUACUUCCCCAGUGGGUUUUGGCCUGGCUCCCAACACUGGCCUCACUGCCUUCCAACCCUUCUUUGUGAGCCUGACGCUGCCCUACUCUGUCAUCCGGGGGGAGGUGUUCACACUCAAGGCCACAGUGUUCAACUACCUCUCCAAGUGUAUCAUGGUGAAGGUGACUCUAGCUGAGUCCAACCAGUUCAAAGCCAGGACAUGUGAAGGCUGCCAGUACACACUGUGUCUGUGUGCUGAAGAAAGCAGGACCUUCACGUGGAUCCUCACCCCAACUGCUCUAGGGGAGGUGAGUGUGAAAGUGAGCGCCGAGGCAUUGAAAACUGAGAAGCUCUGCGGCAACGAGGUGGCCACGGUGCCAGAGAAAGGACGUAUUGACACCGUUGUGCAAACACUGCUGGUGGAGGCUGAGGGAACCCAGGAGACGGUCAGCCACAACGCUCUGCUCUGCCCUGCAGAGGGCCCGGUGGAGAAGGACAUCUCUCUGAAGCUGCCUAAGGUGUUUGUGGAGGGCUCUGCCAAGGCCUCCCUCUCACUACUGGGUGACCUGAUGGGUCGGGCCAUAAAGAACCUGGACAGCCUGUUGCAGAUGCCCUAUGGCUGUGGAGAGCAGAACAUGUUGCUUUUUGCUCCCAACAUCUACAUCCUCAACUACCUGCAAAGCACCAGGCAGCUCACCGAGGAGAUUCUGACCAGGGCCACAGGCUUCCUAGACAGUGGCUACCAGAGAGAGCUCAACUACAAGCAUGACGAUGGCUCCUACAGUGCCUUUGGGAAGAGCGAUGAGUCUGGAAACACGUGGCUCACCUCCUUUGUGCUGAAGUCCUUUGGAGGGGCCAAGCCCUACAUCUUUGUGGACCCCGCCCACAUUUCCCAGGCCAAGGCCUGGUUGGCCAGUCACCAGCAGACGGAUGGCUGCAUCGCGUCAGUGGGGAAACUCUUCCAUAACGGCAUGAAGGGAGGUGUUGGGGAUCAAGUGUCACUCACUGCCUACAUCACCGCUGCACUGCUGGAGCUGGAUGGCAACACUUCUGACCCCAUGGUGGAGAAGAGUCUGAUGUGUCUGAAGGCAGCAGUGUCUGACAAGCUGGAGAACACCUACACCAUAGCCCUGCUAUCUUACACCUUCACCCUGGCCCAAAACCAGGACAUGAGGGCCAAGCUCAUCACCCACCUGGACAAGAUAUCUGCUACCUCUGGUGGCAAUCGUCACUGGGAGAGAGCAGAGGCUUCUGGGACAAAGACUGACUCUCUGGAGGUGGAGAUGACAUCCUAUGUGCUGCUGGCGCUGCUCUCCGGUCCCACCAUGCCAGGCUUUGGGCUGGAAUACUCUAUUGGCAUUGUCCGAUGGCUGGCCCAGCAGCAGAACCCCUACGGAGGAUUCGCCUCCACACAGGACACAGUGGUAGCACUGCAGGCCCUGGCCAAGUACAGUGCUGCCACCUUCAGUCCAGAGGGCGCUAGUACAGUCAGUGUGAGCUCGGCCGGUGGCCUGAAGAUGAAGUUUACUGUGAAUCAGAGCAACAGGCUGCUCUAUCAGGAGGUGCAGCUGAGGGAGGUCCCUGGGGACUACAACAUCAAGGCACAGGGAAAGAGCUGCGUGUUUGUGCAGAUCGCCAUGCACUACAAUAUUCCCCCUCCUCCUGACUUCUCUGCUUUCAACAUCUCAACAGAGACGCUUGGGAAAUGUGACGGCACCAAGAAAUCUCUGAUCGUGUCUGUGGCUGUCAGGUACAAUGGUCGGCGAGAGGAGACCAACAUGGUGAUCCUCAAUGUCAAGCUUCUCUCCGGCUUCGUCCUGGACAAGUCCUCCCUCGGGCCUUUGAAAAAUGACCCCACUGUCAAACGUGUUGACCUGGAUGAAGGACAUGUCAUCAUCUACCUAGAUGGGCUCAAGCAGAAGGAAACAAAGACGUACAGCCUGGCCAUAGAGGAGGAUGUGCCUGUGAGGAAUCUGAAACCAGCAGUGGUGAAAGUGUAUGACUACUACCAGACAAGUGAUGAAGCUGUGAGUGAAUACAGCUCCCCGUGUGCAGAGUAGGUGAUCGUCAAUGAAGUGUGACAGACAGCGGAUCAAGCUGACUGGACCUGGGCUCAGCCAAAUUGCUUUCCUAUUUGGUGCUUACAGUUCCUGGUUACACAUUGACCAACUUGUAAUCUGUUUAACAUUAAGUGAACACAAUUGAAUAGCUGGGCCUUAAGAUUUUACCUCUACUUCUGUUGUAAUCCUGCUAAAGUGAUUGUAGUGUUUCUACUGCAAAUUGAAAUAUUAAUAAAACCAUGCUAUGGAUUCAAAACAAAUGUUACAGAGUCUGGUUUAAUAGGUCUGAAUUGAGAAUCCAUACAUGAAAGUGUACAGUCAACAUAUGGUGUCAGAUGGGAGCUAUGUUCUACAGUGCGGGAGACUAGAUGUUGACUGAAGUGUCUUGGCCAUCAGACUUCUUUUGAAAUGUAUUUUUGUACAAUACUGGUUGAAUGAGUGACAUUUUACUAACACUGAACAUUUGGUUAUACCCAUUACGGUGUGGGGAAAAUAUAUCAAGGUCUUUUCUCACACUUGAGUGACAUGGUUAACCUGCUUGAGGUACUAUAAACCUAAACACAUUCAGAAUCCUUUAAAACGUCAAGCAACCA